GAGUGCCUGCCAUCUCACCCUCUCCCUCUUCUUCUCCCACCGCCGCCACCGCCGCCGCCGUCACCGAGUGCAGCCGUCUCCACCUCCACCACCGCCAUCGCCGUCGCCGAGCGCCAUCGCUGCCGCUCCCUGCUAUCCCUUUCUCACCCCGCCUGCCUCCGGUCCCCCUGCUUACCCCGCCUACCUCCCCAAUGAUGUGGCGGCGGCGGUGGCGACGACGACGACGGUCGAUGGGGUCAUUUCCUCCCCACAAGAGUGGGGUCCAAGCUGGCUGCGGCAAAUUUAGUUUUGUUCACGCUGUUCAGAAACGGUGGUUGCGUUUCAUGUGUACGGGCUGCGUUGAUUGGUGCAUGUGAAGGCACGUGUCUUUGAGUGUGUCCGUGGCAGCUUGGGCGGUGCAUCCGUGGUAAAGAAGGAAGGGGACGGCAUGGCAUUUUCUGGAUGCACUCGCAUUUCCUCUUCGUCGUUGGCCGCGCCAUUCCGUGCGAUUUUUGCUCCGAUAUCAGCGGCUCCAUUGUUUUGCCCCCCUGAUUUGGUGCUUAUUGUCGCGGUCAGGUCCGUGCGAUACGUUCGUUGCUGUUGUGCUGCUGUUCCCUUUACCAUCAGCUCCUGUUCAGGUUGCGGACCGCAUCUCCUGUGCCCGUACAUGUCGGCUAAGAUGGCUUUCGAUUUGCUGUGUGACAUAUCCCUAGCAAGCAGAGGCUGGAAGAUCCGUGCAAGGAUAGCAAGAAUGUGGGACUACACUGGUACAGCUAACGAUGUGCCUCCUAUGCAUGUUGAUCUGGUGCUUGUUGAUGAGAAGGGAAAUGCAAUGUAUGCUGAAAUUCCAGGCGUUGAGGCUGAUAAGUUCAGACCACUUCUUCAGGAAUCGAAAGUCUACACUUUUAGCAAGUUCCUUGUUUUGCCUAGCAAACCUGCAUACAAGCCCUUCCCUAACAAGUAUAUGAUCAAGCUUACUCCAUGGACAAACGUGGAACAGGUCAAUGAAGUUCCUGCUGAUUUCCCAUCCCAUGUGUUUAAUUUGGUUCAAUUCUCAGAUCUAAGCCAGCGCGUUGGGAUGCAAGAGUACUUCACUGAUGUGAUCGGUAUGAUCAUUGGGGUAUCAAAGCUAGCCUAUGUCCGAAUGGCGUCUAAAACGUCAGACACACCUAAGAGGGUCAUUGCUCUAAGGGAUCUUGCGAACUGUGAGGUUAAACUUGUCCUAUGGGGAGAGCAUGCUCUCGACUUUGAUGCUGAUGCUGUUCAUAGUGUUGGCCAAGAUAAUGUUGUCGUUGGUAUCUUUGUUGGUACUCUUAUGAAAGCAUAUAAUAAAACUCUUAGUGGAGGAUCAGCCUGCAAAUGGUAUUUAAAUGAGGACAUACCAGAGAUAAACCAGUUCUUUGAUAGCCUGGGUGAUAGUGCUCCAAAGAUCCAGUGGAUAUCAGCCGGAGCAAAGUCCUUUGGUUCGUCACAACGCCCAGCACAGUUGGAGCAUAAAUCUGUUGCUGACCUUAAAAAGAUUGAUCCAUGGGAAGCUGCGGGUGCUGGCUUCUCAUCUACUGUGACCAUAGCUAAGUUGAGCCCAUCUCAGUCAUGGUGGUUUUCAUCCUGUUCCCGUUGUCAUAGAGCCGCAACUGCAUAUGGAUCUAGCUAUAAAUGCUACAGCGGUUGCUCAUCAGUUACUGCCAUUCCAAAGUACCGUCUUUGCCUGAUAGGAACCGAUGGAACUGAUUCAGCAGAGUUUGUGCUGUUUGGACGUGUUGCGCAGCAAGUUGUUGGCCGUCCUGUUAUGAAUCUUAUCAAAUUUCAGGGCAGAUCAGACAAUAUUCCUAAAGAAAUUGCUGCUGUUGUUUCAUAGAAAUUUACCUUUGCUGUCUCUGUCACUGAGCGGAGCCUUAUGCAUAGGAAUAUAUCUUUUCAAGUUAAUGGAAUUGAGACUUUCUUUGGAAGACAGGGUUCUAUUCCGCAGCCUAGGGAACAGGGUCCAUCUGCAGGCCCUUCUACUCCUUUGGCUCUUGUUGCUUCUGGUAUGAAUAAGGAUGACGCCUCUCAAUCUCAUGAGUUAACCCCGGUCAAUUCAUCUACUUCGACUGCUGAUCCAGUCGAUGAACUUCCUGGUGACAGCAAGAAGCGGAAAUCCAUUGUCCGUCAUCCUCUAGCAGCACAGAAAAAAUUGACCUUUGAAACAGCUCCAUCCAGCAAAGAAAACACCAGCCCGGUUGACCCUCCUGCUAGUUCUUCUCGCACUGAUGACCAAGCUGCUGAUAAGCAACAUGCUGUGCCUCAUGAGGUUGAUGUUUCUCAGAUUGCAGCUGCCUCUGCUGAACCAAAUACUCAGGUCAAAGAUAUCCUGCCAACUGAAGCCAAAAAGAAAAGGUAUAAAACUACAUAUUCCAGCUGAGAACGAAUAAGAAAAUCCCUAUUUUUGUACUAGCGGUGGAAGCAUGUCACAUUCAUUGUUAAAUAGACUGCACCAUUUCGCUUUCGCUGCUCUCUCAUUUUUGGUUCUUCUAGAUUAACCAGGUGUUCCUCUCUGCUUUAGUGUUGAUCCAGGCUCUACAGGCACACGCAAGACUAAGCCUCCUGUACCGAAAGGGAACUAAAUUGCUCACCUUAGCUUUUGUGCUGAUGAAUUUGAAAUUUGUAGCAUUUCCAUCCUACCCAGCUAAUGUGAUAAGUAGGAUUUUGUGCCAUCCUUUCUGUCCUAAAGAAAGGGUGGGCAAAAUUUGCAGCUAAAAAUAGCAUACGCGUUGGAUCGAACUGCAUUUUCCACUUCUACAGGGCAAGCCAGAUGCAAAUGACAUGCAAAUGACCAUCGAUGUUCUGUAGACCACACGUGAAUAGUCAAUGUAUUCAGGACCACUUACCAGCUCUACCGCCACUGCUAUGUUAAUUAGUGUUGCACCUUAAGAUUAUUAUCAUAGCUUAUUGGGCGGCACACGUGCGUACAGGCGGUGCGCCAAGGGCGCGCCCCAACCUCUAGUUAAAGGUAACAGAGGGCUCCAGAGAAUCAGAUUCAUGUAAGAUUGUCACUAGCUAGCAUCCAUGGAGAAAAUUCUCUACGUGCUCUUGAGAAUUUGCCCGAUCCUUAUAUGUCCAUGAAUUUUUAUCUAAUGUAUUAUAUGCACCUGAGUUCUCCUUUUGAUUAUGUUAGUUGACCGUUAAUUUUUUCAAA